CACAAACUCGAGCAUUAGCACCAACCAGCUCUGAGCACCAUCAGUCUCCGGAAAGCCUUCUGAAUUAGACAAGGGCUGCCUCUCAGCACAGCUACAAAACACUUUCAACCUGACCAGCUAAAUGGAUAAACCUAGCCCGCAUAGCUUUUAAACUGGGGUCUCACACAGCACAGGCGGCCUGCUUGCUUCAACAGCUGAAACAUCCUGAGGAUGAAUUGCUUUAUCUGGGAAUGGCAAAAGCCAGCACAAUAAGGAAUGCCAGUUUACAUGGGGCUACUGGCUCACAUGCGGGCUCAGAAUGGUGUGAAUGACAGCUGCACUGUGUCAUGAAGGUGGUGGUGAUUUCUACAGGAGAGACCAAAUAAGAAGAAAGCUGAGAGAGGGGGGCAGACGUUUUUUGGAUGACAAAGGAUGGGUUUCCGUCUAAUCACACAGCUGAAAGGCAUGAGUGUGUUUCUGGUGCUCUUUCCCACCCUGCUGCUGGUGAUGCUGACAGGGGCUCAGAGAGCUUGCCCGAAGAAUUGCAGAUGCGAUGGCAAGAUUGUGUACUGUGAGUCUCACGCCUUUGCAGACAUCCCCGAGAACAUUUCUGGAGGGUCACAAGGUUUAUCCUUAAGGUUCAACAGCAUUCAGAAACUCAAAUCCAAUCAGUUUGCCGGCCUUAACCAGCUUAUAUGGCUUUAUCUUGACCAUAAUUACAUUAGCUCAGUGGAUGAAGAUGCCUUUCAAGGGAUCCGCAGACUGAAAGAAUUAAUUCUAAGCUCCAACAAAAUUACCUAUCUGCACAAUAAAACAUUUCACCCCGUCCCCAAUCUCCGCAACCUGGAUCUCUCCUACAACAAACUUCAGACCUUGCAAUCUGAGCAGUUUAAAGGCCUCCGGAAACUCAUCAUUUUGCACUUGCGAUCUAAUUCCCUAAAGACAGUGCCCAUAAGGGUUUUCCAAGACUGCCGGAACCUAGACUUCCUGGAUUUGGGUUACAAUCGCCUCAGAAGCUUAUCCCGAAAUGCAUUUGCUGGUCUUCUGAAGUUGAAGGAGCUCCAUCUGGAGCACAAUCAGUUUUCAAAGAUCAACUUUGCUCAUUUUCCUCGUCUCUUCAACCUGCGAUCCAUUUACCUGCAGUGGAACCGGAUCCGCUCUGUGAGCCAAGGCCUAACAUGGACCUGGAGUUCCUUGCACACCUUGGAUCUAUCAGGAAAUGACAUCCAAGCGAUUGAGCCUGGCACAUUUAAAUGCCUCCCCAAUCUGCAAAAAUUGAAUUUGGAUUCCAACAAGCUCACCAACGUCUCCCAGGAGACCGUGAAUGCAUGGAUAUCCCUAAUAUCCAUCACCUUGUCUGGAAACAUGUGGGAAUGCAGUCGGAGCAUCUGUCCACUGUUCUACUGGCUGAAGAAUUUCAAAGGGAAUAAAGAAAGUACCAUGAUAUGCGCAGGGCCUAAGCACAUCCAGGGCGAGAAGGUCAGCGAUGCUGUGGAGACUUACAACAUCUGCUCUGAGGUCCAGGUGGUCAACACAGAAAGAUCACACCUGGCACCUCAAACUCCCCAGAAGCCCCCGUUCAUCCCCAACCCUACCAUCUUCAGACCUGAUGCAAUCCCAGCGACCCUGGAGUCAGCGAGUCCAUCACCGGGCUUUCAGAUUCCAGGUACGGAGAAUGAGUACGAGCACGUAUCAUUUCACAAAAUUAUCGCAGGGAGCGUGGCUCUGUUCCUCUCGGUGGCCAUGAUUCUCCUGGUGAUCUAUGUGUCUUGGAAAAGGUACCCAGCCAGCAUGAAACAACUCCAACAGCACUCGCUUAUGAAGAGGCGGCGGAAAAAGGCGAGGGAGUCAGAGAGACAAAUGAAUUCCCCUUUACAGGAAUACUACGUGGACUACAAGCCGACGAACUCUGAGACCAUGGAUAUAUCGGUUAAUGGAUCUGGUCCCUGCACAUAUACCAUCUCUGGCUCCAGGGAGUGUGAGAUACCCCACCACGUGAAGCCCUUGCCAUAUUACAGUUACGACCAACCAGUGAUUGGGUACUGCCAGGCCCACCAGCCUCUCCACAUCAACAAGGCCUAUGAAGCUGUGUCCAUAGAUCAAGAUGACAGCCCCAGCCUGGAACUUGGGAGAGACCACAGCUUCAUCGCCACCAUAGCCAGGUCGGCUGCACCUGCCAUUUAUCUGGAAAGAAUAACAAACUAACAACAAAGCCAACUUCUUAAUAAAGAGCUCAUAAGAGAAGGGAAGUCUUCAUCGCAAAAGAGAUGAAAUGUCCAGCAUUCUCCAACCUCAAGAGUUCUUUGCUUCUGUACAGAAAUUUAGGGCAUAGUGAGAAAAACAAAGCAAAACAAAACAAAACAAAAACUGCUUAUGAGGUUGGGCAGCUGGCGAACCUACCACCAACCCGGGAGAACACAGAACUUUCUUUGCUUUAAAAUAUAAAAUAAACACAUGUACUCCCGGAUGUAAAUAGUCAAGAGUGCUAAGUUCUUAUAAAAAUAGAUUUCAUCCUAGCUAUCUAUAGGUUUGUUUGUAUAUUUGAUUUUUCUACACUGCAUGGUUCCUGGGCUGGAGAACCACAGGGGGGAGGGGGCAGAUUUUGGGGAAACAAUGCCGUUUUCCUUGUAAGGUGUGCAUAACACUCACAGACCUUGUUUCCAAUGUCUUCAUUUUGUUUAUCCUUUAAAAUCUGGUUUUAUUCUUUUGUUUAUUUUUUUUAAUUUCCUGGAGGAAUGACUUUCUACUUUUAAAUAUAAGUACUUACUUGGCACCAAAAUAUUUAGGUUUGCACUGACCUAAAGUGAAAAACAAAUGACCACAGCAUUGAACAAACUACUGGACUGAGUUUAAUAAAUCAAACUCCUAAAGUGUCCACUCCUUCAGUGCACGUCAUCAAUGGCGUUAGGAGCCCUGGCUUAUUCCUCCAUCGGUAUUCAUCAUAGAAGGAAACCUGGUACCCAGACCUGUGAGUACCUGGAGUGGAGAAGAACCUGAGAACCACCCUCAGUGGAGGGAGGGUCUCUAUAAACAAUGGACAGGAGUCCAGUGGAUGAAUAUGUCAAGGGAUGAAUUUCUAAACACAACAAGAUGUGUAAUAUUGCUUUUAAAAUUAAUUAUCACUUAGCUUUUGUGUAAUUUUUAUCAAUAAAAGAAAAAUGUUGAAAAAUAAAAUA